AUGGAAAAUCCCGAAACUGCCAAGUUCCUUUGCGGCCUCGAAGGCAAGGACGUCACUCUCGAUCCACCAUCCGAGCCGCCUCUCCACCUGCCCCGCCAAACCUGGCUGAAGAAGUAUGGUUACCUACCGCGCAUGUCAACUAUGUCGAAGAUCAUCUAUGACAAGGCCACUGGUGUUAUGUACGCUAUAUCCGUUGUUGACUAG